AUGCCUCUCUGGAGAAUCUUUUCCCACCCUCAAACAUUCACACUCGACCAACGUCGUACCCUCGCCCAAAAGGUCACGGACCUGUACAUGUCUCGUGGUCUGCCCGCGUUCUACGUCAACGUCAUCUUCAUAGACGUCGACGAGAAAGCCACCUUUGUAGGUGGCGAGCCGAAGUCCAACUUUGUCAGGAUCGUCGUCGAACAAAUCGCCAGGACCAUGGCUUCGCCAGACACCGAGGAAGGACAGAAGCGAAGAAGAGCCUGGAUGGACAUGAUCAAUGAUACUCUGAAAACCUCCAUCAUCGACCGCAACGAACUGGAUUGGGAGUUGCACAUUUAUGAAACUCCGCGCGAUUUAUGGCGUGUGCAAGGCAUGGAUCCACCUACGUCUUUCUCAGACGCCGAGAAGGAGUGGACGGAGAAGAACAAGCCUGUUCCAUACUUGUGA